UUAGAAUUAACUAUAGCAAUAAAUGUAUAAAAUUGGUCAGUCCUUUCACUGACAUGACAGACCUAUUCUGACUUUGAACGAUAAAGAUUUAGUUGGAAAACAUGAACAUUUGACGAAGAUGACUUCAAUUGGGAAUUCCAAGUCGUUAGUGUUUUCCAAAUACUUUCCUAAUCAUGCAGGAUUUGACCCUAGGAAAGUUUAUAAUAAUGAAGUAUAUUCGUCCAUCUCAGGAACAAAGAAGCAAUCAAAGGCAGUCCAAGUUUGUCUUGAUUCACAAAAGUUUCAGGAAAAACAACUCAAUUUAUCUAUUCAGAGGCAGGAAUGGAUAGAUAUCCCACCUGAAGAACAGACUCAACUACCGAUCGUUCAAAAGCAACCAUCGCCUGUGCCAUCUGAACCUUCAUCACCAAAGCAACCUACUACAUCGCCUCUUCCUUCACCAAAGCAACCUACUACACCGCCUCUUCCUUCACAAAAGAAGCCUAUAAGAGAUGUAUUUGAAAUAUGGAAUAAUAUCAGAAAAUUAGGGGAGCCAAGAAUUUUGAUAUCAUUAAUUGGCGCUUACAAUGAGUUAAUUCCUACGUAUAAAUGGAAACACAAGAUGUUGUUAAAGGAAGCACUCUCUCAUGUUGCAAGAUAUGCAGGAAGAUGUGGAUUUCUUUACAAGGAACAGGAUAUUAGAAUUGCAAAUACAAUCAUCAGGGAUAGUUGUCAUAUUGAAAGUUUACCACAGUUAACGUAUGGAUACACUUCCAACAUAAAAACAGACGUUAAUAAUUCAGGCUCAGGAAAGGUUACAGCAACAGAAAACAAUGAUAAACUCGAUUUAAUGAAGCUUUUAGAAAUAGAGAACUACAUCAAUGCAGAGGGGAGAGUUAAAUUCGAAGAUGUAACUUUAAGAGAAAAAGAAAAUUUAAAUAAACCAUCUGGGAUUUUCAAAGAAAUUAGAGUUCCGGUUGUUUUGUUUGUAAUAAAUGGUGGAUUAGACACACUAGAACAUGUCAUUCGAGCUAUCUACAAAAACAUAUCGGUUGUAGUUGUUAAAGGCACUGGCGGAACAGCGGAUCUUAUUGCAUUAUGUCUUAAAGAAAUGAAAAUGGGAAUGAUUCAAGAAAAGACACGACCAAAGAACAGAAAACAGCCGAAGGUCACCAAGUCUUCGAUACAGCAAGAAAAUCCCACACCCUUAGGCAUGCUUCAGCUUUGCCCUUAA